UAUUCGAUUAAAAAAAAAAAAACUUUUUAUCAAGGGAAGCGCUUGAAACAUUUUUUAAUUAAACCCAUACUGGAACAAGUAUUUAUUCAUAUCUACUCUACAUAACAAGUGAGAUUAUAAGUAAAGAGCGACAUUAAAAAAUAACAGGAUGAAGAAAAAAAAUAUAUGGAGCUGAAAAAUUUCUAGUGAGAUUCAAAGUCUUAGUCCGAGUCGGUUGUAAAUUUUAAACCCAUACUACAUAUUUUACACACUGGAUUAAAAGUAUAUACAGCGUCUGCGCAACGUUGCCAAGUUCAAGAGACAAGAAGCAGCAGAAGCGAAUAUAACCCAGCAAACGGCGACUAGAACGGUUGAAAAAUCCAACGUUGCCAGAUAUCGAGUUUCAGAACCCGCGAGCACCCACGAGGAGUUUAGAGAGAGUGUCUGCCAGUCAAUUUUAGCCACGGGAACGUUGUGGGUUGGAAAUUGUACGGACGUCGACGGUUGAUUGCGUACCAAAAUCUACCGCGGGUUUUUGCGACAUGUAAGGUCAGGAAUAUAAGUGAUAAAUAAUAUAAAUAUAAUAAUAAUAAAUAAAUAUCAUAUUUAAUUUAAAUAUCUGUAUUGAUUAAUAUUUAUACGUAUUAUUAGAACAGGUUUUAUUUAAUAAAAUAGCUAAUUUUAUUAAUCGAUAAAUUGGAUAAGCAAAAAGUUUAUUGGAAAAUACACGGCAACAAUGAAGAGACAAAAUGUUUGUCUAUGGUAAAAAAUUAUAACCGAUAUAAAAGUUUAUAAAUAUAAAUAAGAAAUAUGAGAGUUGCGUGGGUGUACAAUGGUAUUGGCACAUUCUCUAUAAAAGAGUUUAGAUAUCUAGCCAACGGUUAAUAAUUGUUGUUAAUUUCCUAUUACUAUUAUUAUUGCAAUUAUUAUUAUUGUUGUUGAUGUUAUUUAUAAUUAUUAUUUAUAUUAGUGCGUUGGAGCACAAUUUAAUUGGCUCAUAAUUGUAAAAAUAUAACUGACAGAUUGUAAUAACGCGAAUAUUGAAAGAGGGAGAAAGAAAGAAGACUGAGAACAUCGGCAACAAAAAAAUUUAAGUCUGUAUUUAGUAAAUACACAAAUGAAUAAAUUAAUAAAUUGAUUAUUAUUGUAAUUAUUAUUUGUUGGUUAUGAAAAAUAACCGGAUUGUACCAUAACGAGCUGGAGUAAGAAGGAAAUGGGAGGUGGUAGUGGGACGUGCUCAAAAAAUCUACAUUGUCUUAAUAAUAUAAGGAAUGAGACUUUCAGCUGGGAAUAUUUCCCAAUGUCUGCUGGCAUACUUGCUGGUGACGGUGAAGAUAGUAUCAUCAAAUUUCUACCAAGAUUUAAAUCUAAAGCCUUUCGUAGAAAAAACUGUCCAUCCGAUAGCGAACUUGGAGUGUGCUGCUGGCUGCCAAUGCGAGAAUUGGAGUCUUCAAUGCAAAGGCCAGCUUCUGAGAGAUCUAAAACUGCCCAAGGAGGCUGUAGAAGUAAAGCUGGAAGAUGUGAGGACCAGCACUGGGAUACUCAAGAUUCCCACACUGGAGUCUUUGACACAGUUACGAAAACUCACGUGGACUUCAAGUGGAUUAGAGCAUCUAGAAAAUGGAGUAUUUGUCGCAACUCAGCGCCUACAGUACCUCGAUUUAGGUGACAACCGUCUUACGGCAUUGGAUCCUGAUAUUUUAGCUCCACUUGAAAAUUUAAGGUACCUCAAUUUAUCAAGAAAUUUAAUAAAAAGUUUACCUACUUUUAAAAAUCUUUAUUCACUCGAGACACUGUUGGUAUCUCAUAAUCGUCUUGAAGUACCACCAUUUAAAGCAUUCGCUUCAUCUAGUUAUCUCCAUCAUCUUGAUCUAUCAAACAAUCAUCUUGUUCUACUCCAAGAAUUCACGUUUCAACCGAACCGGGAACUGACGUUUCUCAAACUAUCAAACAAUCGUCUGAUAAAUUUACCCAGCCGAGUGUUCUCAGGUCUCAGUAAACUGCGGCAUCUUGAAAUAUCAAACAUAAGUAUAAACCAACUACCACGUGGUCUGUUUACUGAACUAACGGCUCUUGAGUAUUUAAAUAUUUCAAUAAAUCCAAUAUUAAACUUUACUGAUUACACCUUCCAAGGACUUGUAAAUUUAAUUCAAUUGGAUAUUAGCGAGACUUUGAUAUCCCAGUUACCUCAAGGUCUUUGGCAACGUGUACCAAAUUUAAAAUCACUAAUUAUGGACAAAACAAAAAUUGAAGUACUGAAAGCUGACGAUUUUGUAGGUCUAUACAAUCUUGAAAAUUUGACAAUUACCAGCAGUCCGUUACGUGAAAUAAAUUCCAAGGCAUUGGAUCACUUGUCGCAUUUACGUAAUGUUGACCUACGCAAUAACUUUCUUUACUUCUUACCAGCAAGUCUCGCGCAUCUCGCACAUCUUUCAAAUCUUCAUCUCCAAGGCAACCCUUGGGCGUGUGACUGCCGGAUGUUUUGGUUUGUCAAGUGGGCACACAGUAAUAUUCAUCCAAUGGCAUUUGCCCACGGGCUUAAAUGUGGUUACAAUGAUACAGUGGAUCCAAUCGAAGCAGUAGAGUACUUACAAUGCACACCUCCAGUUCUUAUUCAUAAAACCUCGGAGGAUAAUUUGCACCAAAUAAAUAAGUCAGUAUUGCUUGAGUGCGAAUUUAAUGGGAAUCCAGCUCCGUCAUUAACUUGGGUAACUCCAACACUUGAAAUCUUCCACUGGAAUCCCGAUCAGACUUUUCCAGACUCAUUUCAUAAUCAUCCAAAAGAUCAUACACGAGACAAUUUAAUAAGUCUUAGCAAUAAUGGUAGAGUUCGUUUGGUUGAAAAUGGCUCGCUGCUGAUAACAAACUUGCUGAGACAGGACGUCGGUCUCUACAAGUGUUUUGCUGCCAAUCCAAUAGACAAUGCCACAACCUGGGUCCAUUUAAAAAUGGAUCCCGUUGUUUAUCUCAAUAUUAAAAUGUUUAGUAUUGCAAUUGGAGCUGCUAGCGCAGUCUUGUUUCUGUUGCUUACUCUCUUCAUCCAGUUUAUAAAAUAUCUUCUGAAUCGGUGUGGCUGCUGCAGAUGGUGCACUUGCUGCAGACGUGGAACUACACCACGUGCUAAACAAAUAUAUCAAAUGCUGGACAACAUUGAGCAGUACAAGAGCCAGCAACUUGAACGUCUGCGAGAAAAUUACACUCAGCAGGUGCACAGAAUCAAAGACAAUUGUGCUCAGCAAGUUGAGUGGAUAAGAGACAGCUACGAAGGACAAAUGAGGCACAUCAGGGAUAUUAGGGAUUAUGGAACUAAUCAUCUUACAACGCUCAGGGAUCAAUACUAUGAACAGGUGAAACGCGUACGCGACUACUCAACAGGACAAUUAAACUGGGUACGAGAGAACUACGUCUUCCAACGAAACAAGAUACGUAAAUUUAGUGCACAUCAAGUUUUACGAUUACGCGAGGGUUACAAAUACCAACAGCAGACACUAAAUAAAGUAUUAGAAAAUUUGCCAAACUUGUACUUUGACAAUUGCCGAAGUGGAUCGUGCGGCAAGAGCGACGCUGCAGGGUUUGAUGGACGGGAGUUGAGUUCCUCAAUGCCGGAUAUCGAGACAUAUUUCAAAGUUAAGAUAAACGAACUGGCGGCUUACAACAGCGCGAGUAUGGACGACAUCAACAGCGAAUACUACACACCCACGGAAUUCUCAUCAGCGAGUCCUCAGACGCAAAAUUUCAUCGACACUAUUCACAUUAAUUACAUUGAAGAUGGUCCACCUCCGCUACCACCGUUACUGUCCUGCUUCCGGGCUGAAAGCGCAGUUCUGCAUUCAAUACAAGAGGACGACAACAAUGAGGCGGUAAAUAUUCAAAAUAAUAAAGAUAAAAAAGAAACUCAAGUUAGUAAGCCGAUAAAUAGGGGCACGAGUGUUGAACUAUUGGGUCGUAAACAACAUCCACAAACACCAGAGAGUCUUGGUCUUCUUGCUCCCAGCACUAGUAUGCCUGAAUUACCUCACGAGACUAGGCUCUAACUGGCCUAAUUGUGAUAAUUUUUUAAAAGUUAAUUGAAUAAAUAAAUUAUUUUAAAAUUUAA